AUGGAGUUCAACGCAUCCUACUUCCACGCGUUCGGCAACCCCGACUUCGCGGCGGUCUUCUCCGACGGCAGCGCGCAGGCCCUCCGGCCGAACCCCUCCGCCGGCGACGGCGAAGGAGCCAGCGUGAAGGCGGAGAAGGGAGCCGCGGUGGCUAGGCCCACCGCCACCCCCUCGUCCGUCACCUUUGUCGUCCCCGACGAGGAGCUGGGGGAGGCGCACCACUUCCUGAACGAGUGCUCCCGCUGCCACAAAGGCCUCACCGGCGACAUCUUCAUGUACAGAGGGGACACGCCAUUCUGCAGCGAGGAGUGUAGGAGGAAGCAAAUCGAGACGGAAAAGGCGAGACACCGGAGGAAGAAGCAGAACUCCCCCAAGGCGCAGGCGCAGGCGGCGGCCGCCGCGGCAGCGGCGGCGGAGAGAGAGAGCGCGCCCCAGGUGCGGCGGCCGCAGCCACAAUAGAGCUCCACCAUCAAUCAGGCCUUUGCCGUUGCACGGUUUCAGCAUGCAUGCGUGCCUGUAGAAGAGCGUGAGCUCCUACGUACGUACGGACAGAGGAAGAGCAUAUAUCCUAGUUACACGUCGGGAAUGGUACUGCCGCGUACUAUACACAUUUUUGAAUCACGGGCCCAUAUUCCCACUUGUUUGUAAUUUCUAGGGAAAAUUGCUCCUCUUUUUGUUUGCUUCCUGAUUCAGAUCACGGCCACUUGAAGAACCUAUGAGCCAUUUUCUUCUACCCUGUGUCUAUUGUAUCUAUAUUGUUUUGUUUUUUUAAGAAAAAAACAGGCGAUCUACCCAUUUCA